UUGAGUGGGUAGCAGGAGGCUAUAUAUACUCUCACCGGAGCUGUCUCUGUCAGUAGAACUCGCAGGCAGACGCAGACACUGAGCACAGAGAGCAUACGGGAGCAACUGCUAGCUUGGGGAAAGAGACGCUCCUACAGACUGCGGACUUAGCCUCAGCACCCACGGCAACUCGAGGAACAAGCAGAAAGCCAGCAAGCCACCCACUCACACACACUGAGAAUUGUCGGCUUGGACACAGGAUUUUAACAAUUAAAAUUUCAAGGGGGCCAGCCUCCAAGAGACAGACCAUCUCAUCUGUGCUCUUCGAGAGAGGAGAGAACAGGGAGGAUUCUGGGAAAAGCACUAAAGUGGGACCACCGUCCACCUGACUACCUGUCUGCAAGCUCAAACAGAGCCUCUCACGUUCUACCCCCCCCAAUGGCUGUCCGUCAGAUGGAGACGACGGGGUUCCACGUCCUGCAAGCCCACCUGCCUGCCCACCUGCUGGCUUCUGCCAUGGAGGAGUUCCCCCAGCAGCUGCCCGUGCCCAAGUGCCCUGCCCGCGGGCGGAGCCGGCCCCGCCGGGCCCGAGAGGCGCGCUUCAAGACUCAGCCUGUCACCUUUGCCGAGAUCGCUGAGGUGGAGGAGGAGGGCACAUCCCCCUUGGAGGAGGAGCGGGCCCGGCGAUCCUUCCUGCAGUCCCUGGAGAAUCUGCGGCGGAGCACACAGGCGCUGCACUGCCCUACCCGCCACACUCGCAUGGCCACGCCCACUCAGGCCAGCCUGGACUCCAGUGAUUCAGACUCGCCGCAGUGAGAUGGCGGUGGGGGGAGACCUAUGCCUUCCUGGCCUGGCACCAGCACACCCCCCACUGCUUCACACUGAAGCAUGGCUAUGUGGACCGAGCUGCUCUAAACAACCCACUCUAAUACUGUGCGUAGAUGCCACAAUCUCUAUUUAUAUAUACCUAUAUGAAUAUAUGGAUACACACUGCAAUAUUAAAUGCAUAUGAUGUAUUCUAAGAACUCUAUCAGCAAUGUAAGCAUGGCUGAUCACAUAGU